GCCUUGUGCGCGUCAUGGCUGCGCGUGCAGACUUGCGUCAUCGCUUUGCGCGGUGCCGAGGGGAUCUCGGAGCCGGUGGCUGCAGAUGGCGGCGGCAGUUGUGGUGGCGGAGGGGGACAGCGACUCCCGGCCCGGACAGGAGUUGUUAGUGGCCUGGAAUACCGUGAGCACCGGCCUGGUGCCGCCAGCUGCGCUGGGGCUGGUGUCUUCCCGGACCAGCGGUGCAGUCCCGCCAAAGGAAGAGGAGCUCCGGGCGGCGGUGGAGGUUCUGAGGGGCCACGGCCUGCACUCGGUCCUGGAGGAGUGGUUCGUAGAGGUGCUGCAGAACGAUCUGCAGGCCAACAUCUCCCCUGAGUUCUGGAAUGCCAUCUCCCAAUGCGAGAACUCUACGGAUGAGCCCCAGUGCCUUCUGCUGCUCCUUGACGCUUUUGGCCUGCUGGAGAGCCGCCUGGAUCCCUACCUGCGUAGCCUAGAGCUGCUGGAGAAAUGGACUCGCCUGGGCUUGCUGAUGGGCACUGGUGCUCAGGGGCUGCGAGAAAAAGUCCACACUAUGUUGCGCGGAGUCUUGUUCUUUAGUACCCCCAGAACCUUCCAAGAGAUGAUCCAGCGUCUGUAUGGGUGCUUUUUGAGAGUCUAUAUGCAGAGUAAGAGGAAGGGGGAAGGGGGCACAGACCCGGAACUGGAGGGGGAGCUGGACAGCCGGUAUGCCCGUCGCCGGUACUACCGGCUCCUGCAGAGCCCGCUGUGCGCAGGGUGCAGCAGUGACAAGCAACAGUGCUGGUGUCGGCAGGCUCUGGAGCAGUUCCAUCAGCUCAGCCAGGUCUUACACAGGCUCAGUCUGCUGGAGCGGGUCAGUGCCGAGGCUGUGACCACCACCCUACACCAGGUGACCCGGGAGAGGAUGGAGGACCGUUGCCGAGGCGAGUACGAGCGCUCCUUCCUGCGUGAGUUCCACAAGUGGAUCGAGCGGGUGGUCGGCUGGCUCGGCAAGGUGUUCCUGCAGGACGGCCCCGCCAGGCCUGCGUCUCCUGAGGCUGGCAAUACCCUGCGCCGCUGGCGCUGCCACGUGCAGAGGUUCUUCUACCGCAUCUACGCCAGCCUGCGCAUCGAGGAGCUCUUCAGCAUCAUCCGAGACUUUCCAGACUCCCGGCCGGCCAUCGAGGACCUCAAGUACUGCCUGGAGAGGACAGACCAGAGGCAGCAGCUGCUCGUGUCCCUCAAGGCUGCCCUGGAGACUCGGCUCCUGCAUCCAGGCGUCAACACGUGUGACAUCAUCACCCUCUACAUCUCUGCCAUCAAGGCGCUGCGUGUGCUGGACCCUUCCAUGGUCAUCCUGGAGGUCGCCUGUGAGCCCAUCCGCCGCUACCUGAGGACACGGGAGGACACGGUGCGGCAGAUUGUGGCCGGGCUGACAGGGGACUCGGACGGGACAGGGGACCUGGCUGUUGAGCUGUCCAAGACCGACCCUGCAAGCCUGGAGACAGGCCAGGACAGUGAGGAUGACUCGGGCGAGCCGGAGGACUGGGUCCCGGACCCCGUGGAUGCCGAUCCAGGGAAGUCGAGCUCCAAGAGGCGUUCAUCAGACAUCAUCAGUCUGCUGGUCAGCAUCUACGGCAGCAAGGACCUCUUCAUCAAUGAGUACCGCUCGCUGCUGGCCGACCGCCUGCUGCACCAGCUCAGCUUCAGCCCUGAGCGGGAGAUCCGCAACGUGGAGCUGCUGAAGCUGCGCUUUGGCGAGGCCCCAAUGCACUUCUGCGAGGUCAUGCUGAAGGACAUGGCGGACUCCCGCCGCAUCAACGCCAACAUCCGGGAGGAGGACGAGAAGCGGCCGGCGGAGGAGCAGCCACCGUUCGGGGUCUAUGCUGUCAUCCUGUCCAGUGAGUUCUGGCCACCCUUCAAGGACGAGAAGCUCGAGGUCCCCGAGGACAUCAGGGCAGCCCUGGAGGCUUACUGCAAGAAGUACGAGCAGCUCAAGGGAGGCAGCCGGGGAGCCAGAGUUGCCCUCUGCCCAGGGCAGCGCUCCCAAGCACACCUGACUCCCAGGACUGCAGCCCUGCCCCCUUCUCCAGGUCUGUUUCCUCGAGAACUACCUUUGCAGGUUCCGGCGGUACUUGAGGACCGGGGCUGUGGGUCUGUGGUGGGAAUAGGAGGGAAGCAGAUGUGGGGAGUGGAGGAGUGAGCCCUGGCCUGGAGGUCACUGGCAGACGGGGACAGUGUGCCCAGGUGAUGGUGUUGGCCGUGUUUGGCUCACAUCCCUGGCAGCACUGCCGAUUCCAGCAGUCCCAGGACAGGCGUCCAGAGCCCGAGGUAUGGGACCAGGCUUGGAGGUUCUUUCCCUGAGCUCAUAGUCAGGUGAGAUGUGUCGGCUGGCAGAGGAAGGGGUCAGGAUAGCCAUCAUAGGCAGGUUCCAGGGCUUUCAGUCUGAUGUGUGGGGCCUGUGGGGCCUCCAGUAUGCCCAUCAAGACUGGGGUGGGGCGGGCACCCCAGCAGGGGAAAUGUGAGGAGAGGGUCCUGGGGCACAGCCGGCAUCCAGGCUGCAAACCCCAACCCCAGGUGCCCCAGGAGCCCCGGGAGGGGGAUGGUCCAGCCUCAGCCAGGGCCGGAGGAGCAGUCUUAGGACAGAGCCGCCAGGAGGCUGGCAGGUGGGGCUGAGUUCAAGGGAGGGUCCGCAGCUUCUCCAGGUCUGCUGUCAAGGAGGCUGGACCUAGAUGUGUGUUCUUUUUUUCUUUGGCAAGUAAGAGGGCCUUGCUGUGUUGACAGGCCAAGGGAACUUACUCCUAGGGGAGAGGAGGGCGAUACGUCCACUUUAGAAACCAAGGGGGAAGCUUCCUUCCAGAGACAGACAAGAGGAGGGCCAGGCAGAGGCACCAGGGCGGGAGGCUACGGGGCUCUGGUAGGGCCGGGCUGCUGACCACGGUGGCGAGUGUCUGCUGCCUCCCUCCAGGCCUCAGCCUGGCUCUGGAAGAGUCCAGGUGUCCCUUGCAGCUUGUGGAGGGUCUGUGUGGCUCCUGCCUGCUCCCGGUGGAAAGGAGGGCCCUGGCAAUCCCCGCACCUCCAGCUGUGGCCUGUGCUACAGCCUGGCAUCUCUGGAGCCUGCAGGCACCGUGCCCUGCUGCGUUCUGGUACACAUCAUCUGUGUGGCCGGGCUCCACGCUCGGUCCCUUUUCCCCGCCCCUUCUGGCUGCCUCAGGCUCUCCAGCGCCACUUCCAGGCGAGGUCCCACUGGCCUCCCUCCAGGGUCCCGCCUCGGGUCCCAGGCAUGGCUCAGCCACUGCCCAUUGCUCAGGCCUGAAGUGCUGGGACAGCCACAUUCCAGUGUGUCUUAACCUCAGUGGGACACAGGAGUAGCUCAGGAAGGCCCCGGGGCUGUGCUGAGGGGUCCCACCAGCAGAGCUCCUGGCCAAGGGACCUUGCUGGACACCUGGCUGGCCAUGCAGCCCUCAGCAUCUACCCCUGAGCCGGCUGCUUCUGAGCCCUUGCAGCUGUCCAGCUGCAGGCUGACCAGUGGCGUUUGUGGAGGUCACGGCCUUGGAGCCAGAGCUAGGACCAAGGCAAGCCACUGACUCCCCCUCCAUUUUCUGUCCGUAAAGAGAGGUUUGUUUCUGUUAAGAGCUGCCGGAUCCUGGAAGGACUCAGGAACCCUUGGCCCACAGAGCAGGUGUGUCAGUGCCCCGGUGCCACCGGCACAGAGUACCACAGACCAGGGGGCUUAGAAGAAACGAUCAUCUUACAGAAGUCAGAAGUCUAAAGUCAGGCCAGCAGGGCCCUCCGACGGCUCUAGGGGAAGCUGCUUCCUCCCCUCUUCCAGCUUCUGGGAGGUCCAGGAGCUCCUGGGCCUGUGGGUGGCUUGCUCUGGUCUCUGCCGUGUCGCCCGUGAUGUUCCCCCGUGUCUCUGUUCCUGUCUCCCUCUUAGAAGGACACUUACUCUAUUCCAGGGUGAUGUCAUUUUAAUUAUAUCUUUAAUGACCGUAUUUCCACAUAAGAUCCCAUCAGAGGUACUGGGAGUUAGGGGUUCAUGUGUCUUUUUUUGAGGGGCACAAUUCAGUGCAUAACAGUCUGCCCCAUGGCGGGUCCCUCCAGCAUGCAAGUGACAGUUAACCCCAGUAGCCCCAAAAGUCUUCACCAUUUCAGCAUCAACUCCAAGUCCAAAAAUCCCAUCUAAAUAUCGUCCACACAAAGUUCCACAGCUCAGCAUGUAAAUGCCGUCUAAACGAGGCACGGGUGAGGCUUGGAGUGUGCUUCAUUCCUCUCCAGCUGGGACACUGUGAAAUCAGGCAACAAAUGAUCUGUUUCAGAAGUUCCACCGUAAGACAAGCAUAGACAUUCCCACCCCAAAAGGGAAAACUGGGAGGAAAAAGGUUGGCAGGUUCCAAGUGAGUUCAAACCCAGCAGCUGAAAUUCCAGUUGACUUCCAGGCCUGCGAAUCCUCUUUGGCUCCCUGCUCCGUCCUCAGCCUGCAGGGGCAGCCCCACCUCGUCAGCUUCGGCCUUGGCCUCUGCAGCUCUGCUCUUGGAGCCUGCCUUCCUUUCGGUCCAGCCUGGCAGCACUUCAGAUGGUACAAAAUUCUCACACACCUUGUUGGCUUAUCAUGCAGCUCACCAGUGUCCAAGCGCUCAGACAGGUGGGUCCGCAGCCCUUUCCCAGAGGCCCCACUUGUCCCUGUCUGCUGCUGAGAUGGUUGGUUGGAUGCACAGGUCACAUCUCAUCGCUAGCAAACCCUGGUCCAACCACACCCUUGGCCACAUCUCAGAGCUGCCUGGAUACAGCAUUUUUCAGAUCCCCAAGGGCUGGUGCCUUUUUGCUUAAUGGUUCCUGCCUCACUGAUGGUUUCCCUCUUGUAUUCUGCUGUAAGUAGCAAGGAGAAGGCAGGUGGCACUUGCCACACUGCUUGGAAAUCUCCUCAGCUGAAUGUCCAGGCUCAUCAGCUGUAGGCCCCACCAUGUACCCAACAGUAGAGCCCCAGCCAGCCAAGCUCUCUGCUGCCUCCUCUGGUUCCCAGUAGCACACUCAUUUCCACCUGAGACCUCACUGGAAGCACCUGUUGGGUCGGCAUUGCUGCUGGUAUCCAGUCUGUGAUGCUGUGUGUAUUCUCCAAGACGACGGCAGCUCUCCUCUCCCGGCCAUUUCCAGGCUUGUCUUCACGCCUUUCUACCAACAGUCGCGCAGGCCCUCACCAUAGUUCUUCCAGCCUCUCCCCAUCACCCACUUCCAAAGCUGCUGCCACCGUUCUCGGUGUUAGGUUUCCACAGCGCCCUUCCUGGUACCAAAAUCUGUUCAUUUCUUGUGGUUGCUGUAACAAAGUGUCACAAACUGGGUGGGUUAAAAAAACAGAAAUAGAUUGUCUUAAGUUCUGGAGGCUGGAAGUCCAAGGUGAAGAUAUUGGCAGGGCCCCGUUCCCUCUGAAACCUCUUAGAGACCUCUGUUGCCCCCCAGUUUCUGGUGUUUGCCACAGCCCGUGGUGUUUCUUGGCUUGUGGCCGCAUUGCUCCAGGCGGCCUCUGUCUUCGUGGGCUGCCUCCCCGCCUGCCUGUGUCUUCCCAUCUUUCCUUUGCUUAGAAGGACCCCGGUCAUUUGGAUUAGGGUGCACCCCACUCCAGUGUGACCUCAGUUAUAUCUGCAUCAACCCUGUUGUAAAUACAGCCACAUUUCCAAGCACUGGGGGUUAGGAGGCAGACGUAGCCUUUUUGGGACACACCUUGUGACGCUGGCCCCAUUGCCAUUUCAUGGUAGCUGAGCAGGUAGGGACCCCACCCAGUCCUGUGCUCUCGCUGCUCACCUGCCUGCCAGAGUAGGGUGGGGCAGGUGGCUUUGGGAGCCCCUUUCUCACCCGGUACCAGGUGGCAGAGCCCAUGGGCCUGAGCCCCCUGCAGCCGAGCUGCCCAAGCUGACCCUAGCCCUCCUUAGGCCAUG